CUUGACCACAUCCCUCCGUGAGCCACCACCAAAGUCGGUCAAACCUGACAAGACUUCCCUCGACAGGUAUAUGGACGGGGUUGAGCGGAGGCCUCCCACGUUAGACUCUUCAGACUCACGUUGCGACCAUGACUCGGGGUGAGGAACCGCUUCUCGCACGCCCCAUCUCCCCCAACUCCUCCACCAACGAUAUCGAAGAGGAAGAUGCCCUAUUGACCGGCCAGCCCACGAAUCGACCCUCGAAAAAAUACCAGAAAUGGAGGGAACUCGGCCUGUUUGCCUGGGCUCUCGUUGCCACCGUCGCCGUCAUCAUCCUUGCCGUCGUGUAUCAACAUGAAUCAUCCCUUCCUCAUUCAAAACCAAGAUCGGGGGGCUGGGGUCCAGAUGGGAAACCCACCGGCAAAAGGAACAUGAUCUUCAUGGUAUCCGACGGCAUGGGGCCAACAUCUCUCUCAUUGACAAGAAGUUGGAGACAGCAUGUCAGCGGGCUUCCCAUCGACGAUGUCCUCGUCCUCGACCAACAUCUCAUUGGCUCUUCAAGAACUCGCAGUUCCAGUAGUCUCAUCACCGACUCUGCUGCCGGCGCCACUGCCUUUUCUUGCGGUUUCAAGAGCUACAACGGUGCCAUCUCUGUCCUACCUGACCAUACCCCUUGUGGCACUGUUCUGGAAGCCGCCAAAAGAGCAGGAUACAUGACGGGCUUGGUAGUGACCACCAGACUCACUGAUGCAACUCCUGCGUGCUUUGCCUCCCAUGCCAACCGCCGUGAGUACGAAGAUCUCAUUGCUGAACAGAUGAUCGGUCACUAUCCACUAGGCCGUAUGGUUGAUGUCAUGAUUGGCGGAGGGAGGUGCCAUUUUCUCCCCAACACAACCCGAGGUUCAUGCCGAGCAGACGACAAAGACGUGGUGGCCCUAGCCAAAGACAAGUUCGGCUUCACCUACGUCGACAACAGAAAUGACUUUGAUGCUCUUAGCCCCGACAGUGUCAAGCUACCACUGCUCGCCCUCCUCGCCAGUACGGAUAUUCCAUAUGAAAUCGAUCGUGUUCAUGUAGCAGACAUCUAUCCUAGCGAAGCUGAAAUGGCACGAUUUGCCCUCGACACCCUGAAGGCAGCUACCAAGGAUUCAGACAAGGGUUUCUUCCUCAUGAUUGAAGGUUCACGAAUCGAUCAUGCCGGUCAUGGAAACGACCCGGCCGCCCAGGUCCAUGAAGUCAUGGCUCACGAUGAAGCAUUCGCUUCGGUGCUUGACUUCCUCGAGGCAGAUGACGUCGAGGGAGUUAUGGUGUCUACUUCGGACCACGAAACUGGUGGCCUUGCGACUGCUCGUCAGCUACAUGAGGCGUACCCCAUCUAUCGCUGGUUCCCCGACGUCUUGGCCAAUGCCUCUCACUCGGGCGAACACCUGUCAGGGCAGUGGCAUGAAUACCUCGACGAGGCAUCUGAUGCGACUUCUCGCAAGGACAAGGUGGAAAAGCUUGCUGAACUCGUCUCUUCAGGAUUGGGGAUCCAGGACUAUACGCAAAAGGAGCUCGACGCCGUCGUCGACGCUAAACCCGUCUGGCCACCAAGUUAUCUCUUCGCCGACAUGAUUUCUCGCCGGGCGCAGAUUGGGUGGAGUACCCAUGGUCACAGUGCCGUGGAUGUCAAUAUAUACGCAUCGAAUCCUAAACAUGCACCGGGCUUGGUUGGAAAUCAUGAAAACGUUGAGAUCGGCCAGUUCAUCGCCGAGUACCUCGACCUUGAUCUCGAACCCAUCACCAAGGAGUUGAACGACAAGAAAGUCAAGAUUGGCAGUGUCGACGACGACCAAGCAUGGGGCGAAUGGAUGGGCCCACCAGGGCUACCAAAUAACGAGAAUGGCGCUCUCGUCCAUCUUGACGACUACCAUGGCGACUUCAAACAUAGGAAACGAGAAGCCGAGAUGGACUGCGGAUGUGGAGCGAAGCAUUAGACUGUCACCACGAGCAACACAAUGUUGAGAAUGAGGUUUUCUUUUUCAGUAUUGCAUUUAUGACGGCGUUUUGAGGCUAGUACCACUUUCAUGAGAUACCUCUAAUGGAUAUGAGGAAGGGUACUAUACACACACACACACCUGGCUACAUUAUUCCGUGGCAAAGCCGGGGGAACCUUUUCUUGAUUUCAAUAGUUUCUUCAAGUAUGAGUCUUAACAUUGAAUCUUUUCAUGAUUCCUAUCAAGA